AAAAAAUUCAUUUGACGCCAAAAUUUUUGCUGUUCCCCCUCUCUAGAGAGAGAGAGAGAGUGAGAUUCCACUUGUAGAAAAAGAAAACUGUACACCCCUUUCUAUCUCCUCUCUUUUACCGAUUCCCCCUGCAUGUCUCACCUUCUCCAGUCACCGAUUCUACGCGCAAAAGAGAUGGGGCUCUAGGUUUCUGCCUACUGCGAACGCCGAAGGAGAGAGCCGUACGACAUUCCACCGAUUAGGGAUUUUCACAGGGAAGAAGGUCGCUCCCCUGCCCCCUUCUCCUGUCCUCCCGAAAUUCCGGCUUUCUCGUUAGGGUUCGCGGAAGAGUUUGCUCCAUUUGUUUCUGUUUCGGGGGAGGAGAGGAAAUGGUGCUCCUGGAAGACGACGAUGAUAUCUGCUGGAACAGUGAUGACGAGCGGGAGAUUGAGGCUUACGAUGCUCCUCUGUCGCCGUCGAGUUUCCAGAUUAGUGCGGCAGUGACCGGGAGAGAACAGGAUGCCUCCAUGGUUGGUUCCUCUGGAACUAAAUUGAUGGAUCGGUUCCUCAGAAUGGGGUUCCCGGAGAAAUUGGUGUUUGAAGCUAUUCAGGAGAAUGGGGAGGAAAAUGAAGAUGCGAUUCUUGAAACGCUUCUGAGGGAAAGCCCAUCCUCCUCGAGCCCUGCUGAAAGCUCUAAUGGUGUUUCCUCUGGAACUAAAUUGAUGGAUCGGUUCCUCAGAAUGGGGUUCCCGGAGAAACUGGUGUUUGAAGCUAUUCAGGAGAAUGGGGAGGAAAAUGAAGAUGCGAUUCUUGAAACGCUUCUGAGGGAAAGCCCAUCCUCCUCGAGCCCUGCUGAAAGCUCUAAUGGCUCCAAGGUGAUUGAUCACUUUGUUGGCAUGGGUUUCUCCAAGGAGAUGGUUGCCAAAGUGAUUCAGGAGAUCGGGGAGGAAAAAACAGACUCUAUACUGGAAAAUCUGCUCACAUACUCGGCCAUUGAAGAACCUGCUGAGGAUCAGCCUACUCUGGAUUCUGAUGCUGAAUUUGAAGGAAGCUUUCUGGAUGAAUUUUCAGAUUUAGAUAGUUGUGAGAGUGAGGUUAAUGUAAAAAUCGAGCCCGAUGAAGAUGGCACUGUCUCUUCCCUUGUAAAGAUGGGAUACACAUCAAUCGAGGCUGCAAAAGCUAUAGAGAGAUGUGGUCCAGAUGCCACAGUGGAGAUGCUUACUGAUUUUAUUUGUGCUGCUCAGAUGGCAAGGGAAGCAGAUGCUUUGUUCCCAGAUGAAGAGUCGAAGCCAAACUUGUUGAACAAUAAGCUGAAGAAGAGGAGCUAUCUGGUCAAAGACCUUCAAAGGAAAAAACAGAGGAUGAUCACUUCCGAAGACGAUGAGAUUCUCAGCCUCCCAAACCCGAUGAUUGGCUUUGGUCUCCCUGGAGACAUACCUCGGAAGAUUCAUCGGAAGAUUCCUGCUGGACCGCCCUACUUCUACUACGAGAAUGUAGCUCUGGCCCCGAAAGGAGUCUGGCAGACGAUUUCACGUUGCCUAUACGACAUUGAGCCAGAGUUCGUAGACUCAAAACACUUCUGUGCUGCUGCAAGGAAAAGAGGCUACGUCCACAAUCUCCCCAUUGAAGGAAGAUUUCCACUUCUUCCAAUUCCUCCACAAACCAUUCACGAUGCCAUCCCCAUUACAAAGAGAUUUUGGCCCAGAUGGGAUCCUCGGGACAAGCUCAACUGCCUGCAGACCGCAUAUGGUAGCGCCAAGUUGACCGAGAGGAUCCGGAAGGCGGUUGAGCAGUACGAUGGAGAUCCACCAGAAAAAAUACAGAAGUGGGUUAUGUACGAGUGCCGCAAGUGGAAUCUUGUUUGGGUGGGGAAGAACAAGGUUGCACCACUUGAGCCUGAUGAGGUUGAAAGUCUACUGGGGUUCCCAAAAAACCACACGAGGGGUGGAGGGAUUAGUAGGACAGACAGAUACAAGUCGCUCGGCAACUCGUUCCAGGUUGACACAGUUGCCUUCCACCUGUCCGUGUUGAAGGAGAAGUUUCCGAAGGGUCUCAAUAUGCUGUCUCUCUUCUCCGGGAUUGGUGGUGCUGAAGUGGCUCUCUACCGACUUGGCGUUCCGUUGAAGAAUGUAGUGUCUGUCGAGAUUUCAGAGGUGAACAGAGGGAUUAUGAAGUGCUGGUGGGAGCAGACAGGGCAGAAGGGCAUGCUGAUCGACAUUGACGAUGUGCAGAAAGUGACUGCUGAGCGGCUGGAGCACUUGAUGUCCGUUGUUGGAGGGUUCGAUCUGGUAGUCGGUGGGAGUCCAUGCAACAACCUAGCUGGUAGCAACAGGCACCACAGGGACGGCCUGGAGGGUAGAGAGUCUUCUCUGUUUUACGAUUACUGUCGUAUUCUUGAAGUGGUGAAAAAUCUAACAGCUGCUAGAGCUAACUAGUGGACUUUCCUCCCCAUCUAACCUGUGGAUAGCUUAACCAUGGAGUGUCCAUCGAGGCCUUUUCUUUCUUGUUUCUGGUUCUAUAUAUCUCCUUUUUUGACUGUACGUUGAUUUGCAAACAAUUAUGCAGAAGUAGAGAUGUCCUGGAAAAGUGUAAAGGUUAAUCUAACUGUCCAUCGUUUAGUGUCCUUUGUUAAGGUUUAAGGUUUAUAAUAAACUUAGCUCAGGUUAUUUUCACAAUUUACCAGGUAUUGGUGCAAGGGGAAACAGUUGUUGAUCACUAGUCUGUUGACUCAGUCUGUAGCUACUGUUGUUCUGCAACACUGAAAGUCUUGCUGAUCUGUACAACAGAGAAUCAGAUGAUUUUUAUAUGUAUUGAAUCGCAAUGCGCUUAAAUACGAUCUUCUGCUAUAUAUGUUUUUUUGAC